CUAGGCGAUUAAGAGCCACUAUUGUCUGGAGGCACAAUAGUGGACCCGAGGGUACCCUCUCUUCUCUUUCGCUGUGUCUCUUUUGCUUUCUUUCUCCUUUUUCACACACACGCACACAAACACACACACACACUAUACAUGUACAUUUUGUUUGACCCCCCCCGGCUUGGGGCUUGGGCGGGAACAAGGAGUUGUCAGUGAGCAGGAGGAUCGAAAAAGAAAAGCAUUAUGGGAAGCUGAGAGGGUGAGAAGGGACAGAGGGAGAGCGAGGAGGAGAGGAAGAGAGAGAGUGUGAGAAGGAGAGCACUAGCAGGAGAGCUGUACCAUGAAAAAAAAAGACCUGCAAUCAUUUGCCACAUUGAAGGGAACAAAUGUAGCUGGAGGCAGUGAGGGAGAGGGAGAGAGAAGGGGACAGGCAGAGAGAGAGGGAGAACGAGAAGCCAAGGAGAGAGAGAGAGAGAGAGAGAGAGAGAGAGAGAGAGAGAGAGAGAGAGAGAGAGAGAGACCUUCCAUGGACAUUGCACAUUAAUACCACAGUGCUUUGUAGGGGAAGAUCACACACCAACUGACAGGUCGGAGGAAGGAGGAGAAUCGCUGGGAGUUUGGCACUGCCCUCUCUCCUCCUGCUCCCCGCUGCUCUCUCUGUGUGCCUGUCAGUGCGCUGGGCUCUCUGGGUGGGUAGGGAGCUGCGUUGUAGAGGAGAUGUUCGCUCUGAGGAUGAGACAGCGUUUCUAACAGGAUCUAUUUGCUGACUGGGAUAAUACACUGACACAGCUGAGGGGACCCGAGCCCACCGGAACCAACCGAAUCAGCCAUGGAGGGACUGCUGUCUCCAAUGAGGACACGGAUGACAGAGGGGAGGCGAUGUCAGGUCCAUCUCCUGGACGACAGGAAGCUAGAGCUCCUUGUACAGCCCAAGCUGAUGGCUAAGGACCUGCUGGACCUUGUGGCCUCUCACUUCAACCUCAAGGAGAAGGAGUACUUUGGAAUUGCAUACACAGAUGAAACGGGCCAUUUUAGUUGGCUGCAGUUGGACCGCAGGGUAUUAGAACACGAGUUCCCCAAGAAGUCUGGUCCCAUUAUCCUCUACUUCUGUGUCAGGUUCUACAUAGAGAGUAUAUCCUAUCUGAAGGACAAUGCCACUAUUGAGCUGUUUUUCCUAAAUGCCAAGUCCAUCAUCUACAAGGAGCUUAUUGAAGUGGACAGUGAUGUUGUCUUCGAAUUGGCUUCCUAUAUUCUACAAGAGGCUAAAGGCGAUUUUACCAGUAAUGAUGCAACCAGGUCUGACCUGAAAAAGCUGCCUGCUCUGCCCACCCAGGCCCUAAAGGAGCACCCAUCUCUGGCCUACUGUGAGGAGAGGGUCAUAGAGCAUUACAAGAAGCUCAGCGGGCAGUCCAGAGGACAAGCUAUUGUAAAUUAUAUGAGCAUUGUAGAGUCUCUGCCCACAUAUGGAGUACAUUACUAUGCUGUAAAGGACAAGCAGGGGAUCCCAUGGUGGUUGGGUCUGAGCUAUAAAGGCAUCUUUCAGUAUGACCACCAGGACAAAGUCAAACCCAGAAAGGUGUUCCAAUGGCGUCAGUUGGAGAACCUCUACUUCAGAGAGAAGAAGUUUUCAGUGGAAGUUCAUGACCCCAGAAGUAGGGCGUCGGUGACAAGAAGGACAUUUGGUCACAGUGGCAUCGCUGUGCAUACGUGGUACGCCUGUCCUGCCCUCAUCAAGUCCAUCUGGGCCAUGGCCAUCAGCCAACACCAGUUCUACCUGGACCGCAAGCAGAGCAAGUCUAAGAUCCAUGCAGCGCGGAGUUUGAGUGAGAUCGCUAUAGACCUUACAGAAACAGGAACUCUGAAGACCUCCAAACUGGCCAACAUGGGCAGCAAGGGCAAAAUUAUAAGUGGCAGCAGUGGCAGUCUGCUCUCCUCAGGCUCUCAGGAAUCGGACAGCUCCCAGACAGCUAAGAAGGACAUGUUGGCAGCACUGAGGGCCAGGCAGGAUGCUCUGGAGGAAACGCUAAGACAGAGACUUGAAGAACUCAAGAGCAUCUGCAUCAGAGAGGCGGAGCUGACAGGAAAGCUUCCUAAGGAAUAUCCUCUGGAUCCAGGAGAAGAGCCGCCCACAGUGAGACGGAAGAUCGGUACUGCCUUCAAACUGGACGAGCAGAAAAUUCUUCCUAAGGGAGAGGAAGAGGAACUGGAGCGUUUGGAGCGGGAGUUUGCCAUUCAGUCCCAGAUUACAGAGGCAGCCAGGCGUCUUGCCAGCGAUCCUCACGUGAGCAGCAAGAAGCUGAAGAAACAGAGGAAGACUUCUUAUCUGAACGCACUGAAGAAGCUCCAGGAAAUUGAGAACUCUAUCAAUGAGUACCGGGUCCGCUCUGGCAAGAAGCCUACGCAGAGGGCAUCGCUUAUCAUAGAGGAGGCCAAUAUUGGUUCUGAAGACAGUUCAUUGUCUGAUGCACUGGUCUUGGAUGAUGAUGAUCCUCAAGUUACAGGUACCCCCACCUUCUCUCCAGUAGCAUCACCCCACAAGGGCCUCCCUCCUCGACCACCAUCUCACAGUCGGCCCCCUCCACCGCAGUCCCUGGAUGGCCUGCGACACCUACACUACACACGCUCUGACUACGAUAAAUCACCCAUCAAACCCAAGAUGUGGAGUGAAUCGUCACUGGAUGAGCCCUAUGAAAAAGUCAAGAAGCGCUCCUCUCACUCCAGUCACAGGCGUUUCCCAAGCUCUGGCAGUGCAGAAGCAGGGGGUAGCAACUCUCUGCAGAGCAGUCCCAUCAGGAGCCUCCCUCACUGGAACUCUCAGUCCAGCAUGCCAUCAACCCCGGACCUUAGGACCAGGACUCCACACUACGUACAUUCCACUAGGUCAGUGGACAUCAGUCCCACACGUCUGCACAGUCUCGCUCAGCACUUUAGGAACCGCAGCUCAAGCCUUGAGUCCCAGGGCAAACUGUUGGCCUCCGAGCCCGAUGCUCACCCGCACACCCUGGGCACACUGGGCAGCCCUGACUUCUUUCUGGGCCCAGGACGCAGCUCCAAUGGCUCUGACCCACUGGACGACUGCUCAUCCUGCACCAGCCAAAGCAGCUCAGAGCAUUACUACCCCUCUGGUGGAGCCCCUGGCAGCAACCCCAACUACUCUACUCUGGGAGAGGACUCACCCUCCAAAGCCAGGCAGAGGCAGAGGCAAAGGCACAGGUCUGCAGGUCACCUGGGUUCCUCUAACUCCGGCUCCAUGCCAAACUUGGCAGCUAAGAACGGCUCUGGUGGAGGCUCAGGUGGAGGUGUGAUGGGAGGGGGACACCACGGAGUCUACCUCCACAGCCAGAGCCAGCCCUCCUCCCAGUACCGCAUCAAGGAGUACCCGCUAUACGUGGAGGGUAGCCCCAACCCUGUGGUGGUGCGCAGCCUAGAGAGUGAUCAGGAGGGUCACUACAGCGUGAAGGCCCAGUUCAAGACCUCCAGCUCCUACACAGCCGGGGGACUGUACAAGGAGGCCUGGGGGGGAGAGGAGGGAGGAGAGGGGAGCGGCCGACUUACGCCAUCGCGCUCUCAGAUCGUACGGACUCCGUCAUUGGGGCGAGAGGGUGGUGGAGGCGGAGGAGGGGGGAGAGCAGCAGUGUCUGAAGAGCUGCGGUGCUGGUACCAGAGGUCCUCGGGGAGCCUGAAGGAGAGAAGUCACUCACAUUCGGGGUCUACUUCCUCUGAGACAGGGUCGCAGCAAGGCACUCUGGGACAUGGUCGAGGGAGUAGAGUAGGGACACUCGCCAAGGGCUCACCAGCUGCAUCCCCUCACAGCCAGAGGAGUAUGACGCCCUCCAGCGAACACGCAGCCACACCCACUCCCCCCUGUAGCCCACAGCACAUCCUCAACUGGCAGAGCGGGUCUUUCAGUGACAGCUGUUUUCUCAGCAGCCCCUUGUGUUCAGAGCUGGCAGAUGUGCAGUGGUAUGGACACGACAAGGCCAAACCUGGAACCCUGGUUUGAGACCUUCCUAUAGGGCCCAGAAAAGUCCCAUUGCCCUCUCCUACUGUCCCUCAAUACUACCCAUCGACAACCGACAACCUCAUCCUUAUGGCCCUACAAAAACCCUGCCCUGACCGGACUGGCGGACUGGACAUGAACCUCCCUCCUCCCUAAAUCCUGCCCUCCAUCCAUCUCACCACCUCUUUAUUAUGCCCUUCUAUCACAGCUCAGCUGGACAGGGACACACUUGCUGGGCUCUGAUAAGGGCUGAUUUCACAGGACAGACUGAGAAGUGCCACCUCAGCUGUUGAAUUGUUGCCCUACAGCACAUCAGAGCCCGUUCUUUAAUCACCCUCAGCACACAUGCAAUGGGGCAAGGGGGAAGGAGCGAUGGGAAGAGAGAGCACAGAAAAAUAUCAAACAUACAACUCAAACUCAACAGAACCAACAUCGGCCAUUCCAGGAUCUGUUUCAUAUCUCAUCUUUGAUCCCCAGACCUUACUAACUCCAGUGCACUGCCACCCAAUCAGAGGAUACCUGCUGGAUUUGAGCCACCAGUUUAAAACCCAUUUCCAGGCCCAAAUGAACUGUGUUCCAUUAAUGUUGUUUGGUUUUUUUGUUUAUUUCUCCCUGCAUAUUUAUAAAAAGAGAAGAUGACAGACUUUUCAAGAAAUCUGGAUUAACAAACAUUUAGAUGACAAAUUCAACCCCUCUCAGUUUAACCCACAACCAAAGACAACUACUGGAUUGACUGGUCACACCAGGGUCCCUGGGUUGGUGCCCCUGCAGAAAAGUGACCGUCAGUCAUCUGUAUGAGAGUGAAUUCACAGUGACAAUAUCAGAAUGGUUUAUAGGACUCUAUCUGGGAUAUUGAUGAGGACUAUAGCAAUAACAAACAUUGUACAAGUAUAUGAACUGGUUGGAAUCUACGGAGUGAAUUGAAAGCAGGCAUUUUGCCGUGUUCUCUGCCUUGUGAUGCUUGGAGUAAAGGAUUAUUGGUGCAUCACAGGGAGAAUUUGGAGUUGUGGUUAUUGGGUUUGGCAUUAAUCUAUGCUUAUUUCAGUGACUUCAUCAUUCAUGUUUAUUUAAUGUCUUUAGUCUUGACAAGUUCUCUCUCCACAACAGUUUGUUUGGCCACAUGGUGCAUUGUGAUCAAUGCUAAGCCAGAGCGGUGGGGGGCGGGGGGGUGAAGGGUCAUUCGGGGUGGUAACAUGACCACAUCAAGUCACAAGUACUCCAACAUUUGAUUUUGACUGUAAUUUUGAUAUAGAAACAAGACUUUCUGAUAUUCCACAUUUUCACCCCUGCAAGUAAAAGAUGAUUGGCUGUUGGCAUUACUUGUGUUUGAUAUUGAGGCUUUUCAGUGAUAAAUCUCUACAGUGAAUCAUCUUUUUUUUAUCACUAGUGUCUCGUCUUCUCCAAUGGUCUUGUCUCUGUACCAGUCCUCAUCAUGCUGAGCAUCUGCCAGUCCCUUUUAUAGCACUGUGUUUUCUCUCAUCUUUCUGUCCAUCUCUUCAGCAUGACAGGAGCAGUCUGAACUCAGUGCCAGCUAGAACACACACAAUGACGGUCACAACACCUUAUAUUAUGGGCACGCAUGAGAACAAGUUUAUCAGUGCCAAACAUGUUGGUGCUUUACAUUUGUAAAUCAGCUCUGAAACAACCGCUCCUUCAAGCUACAAACCCCUUCAAAUCCCAGCAGUGAAUCCCCACAGUCUAUAGCCAUUGUAUAAAACAGCAGCAAGCCAGAAGACACUCAACAGACUUCUCUAUGAUUUGGCAUCAGGUGUAGUAGGAGUUGGACUUUGAAAAGCACAACAUUAAUAAUGUCUAUGAGGGCUGGACCUACAAUUAGUGUGUUCUUAUUUUCCACUCUCAAUGUUUUAAUGAGCUGUAUCAAAGUGCAUAAGCGAAAACUAGAAAAGCUAGAACCACAGACAAGAUGUUAAACAAUAGUGCUCUUUUUAUUAGUAUAUGGACACUGAUGAAUUUCAGGUUGACAGCAAUUAAUACCCCACUGUCAGGGCAGAAGAGAAGCCAUAGCUAGAGCUGAAACAAACAAUUAUUUAACAAACACAUCCCAAUCAACAAUCAGAUAUUCAGAACAGGGUUAGAAAAGCACACCUGGUUUUGUACGAAGGAAGUAGAACUCUGCAUGUUUUAGCUGUCCCCGAAUCAGUCUCCCUCAUCUUUCCCUAAACAGAGUAUAUGUUGAGAAUUGUUUUAUUGUUGCACAAAGUCUGAAUUAAUCUAAUGACAGAUUCAACAUCUCAGUGAUAGAGAGAAGUGGACAUGUUUUUUUCAGUCUUAUAGCACCAUUAUGUCUGGAUAAUCGGUGUAACAUGCUGUAUGGAACGUAUCUUACCCUGUCCCUCAUUGUGUUGUGUUUCCUUUAUGCACCGACAUCAGUUGUUGUAAUCUGCCACUUUCUAGACUAUUUAAGUAAGAAGGUUUAGCACACCCCCUGCAUGGUUGGUUCUCCAAGAGUUGUCCACCCAUGCCUGGUCAAAUUUGAUCAGUCUUUACCCAGGAUUGGAACCAGCACUCCCUGGUUACCGUCUCAUAGAAAUUAAUUACUCCAGUGUAUUCAAGUCACCUAUUAGAGUACACAUUUGAUCCUGCUUUGCUCACUCAAAGUCUUUGCCCACCGUUUGAGUGCUAAAGACACAAUCCAUUGCAUGCCACGCAAAUCCACUGACAAAUAAAGACCCCAAAGACGUUCCGCAUCCGACUUCUAUACGAUAACAUUAGCACGUCUUGCUCCAUAGUGUUUCCUCUCCCCCAGAAAGCCCCAUUUUGACCUUGUGGUAAUCUCUGACCUCUGAGACCGAUGUGAAGAAGUGUGACGUCCCUUCCCUCUGUAGCUCCAAACACACCAUAUUUUCUGUGCUCCAUAGAAAUGUGUGAGGUUUUUGUAAUAUUCCAAGAGAAAUGAACUAACUCUUUUAUCAGUCUUUUCCUGUAUGUACGGAGGGGCACUGUAAGGUUUUGUGGGGUUUUUAACAUUCACAUUCAUUGUUUUAACAAUGUUCCAUUUUAUAUGAACCAGUAUUGUUUUUGUUUUUUUAGUUCUGACAUUGUAACAACCCUUUCAGGUGCUACAAAAUGACCAGUUACUGCUUUGUCACGUAGGAUCUAGACAUCUCUCCAUUGUUAUCAAUAGAUUCAAUACCAGGUGUGCAAAAUGAAGCUUAUUUUAACAAACAGUUUAAUAGUAGAACACUUCCCCUACCAGACAAUAGAGCAUGUAACUUGAUUUUAUCAGUUCUGUUCAACUGUAACAAUACAUUAAAGGUGUUGUAGAAAAAAUGUGGAAUUGAUUAAAAAAACUGAAUUCCACAGUUAAUUUAUUCUUUUUUCUAUUAAAAAUUUGUAUAGUAACUUUACAUUUUUCAAAACUGUGUUGUUGGAAAAUUGAUGAUAAAUUUUCAAGAUGAGAAGCCGUGGUGGUUCUUGAGAGUAAGAAAAAUAAAUUAUUGAUGAAUGUUCUCAA